AUGGCGUCUAUACCGGUAAUCGUAAAGCAUCAGGGCAAGAAGCACGAGGUCGAAGUGGAUACCACAUCCAACGGCGAAACAUUCAAGUACCAGCUAUUCUCUAUCACCGGAGUUGAGCCAGAGCGCCAGAAAGUCAUUGUCAAGGGUGGACAGCUCAAAGAUGACACCGAUAUGUCCAAACUGGGCCUCAAGCCCGGCCAGACUCUGAUGAUGAUGGGAACGCCUUCGGGCACCGGAGUCGUCAUUGAGAAGCCCAAGGUCCCCACCAAGUUCUUAGAGGACAUGGACGAGGCAGAAGCCGCGCAGCUUGAGGGCGCCACACCUGCCGGUCUCCAAAACCUGGGAAAUACCUGCUAUAUGAACUCUACACUACAGACACUCCGGUCUAUCCCAGAACUUCAGGAAGAGCUUCUGCGGUACUCUGCAAGCAACGACGCCGGUUCAUCCAGCUCCGCGCAGCAACUCAGCCAGUUCGGCCUCGGUGGUCUCGGUGCCUCGACUGACCUUACGAGCUCCCUCCGCGAUCUGUUCAAGCAAAUGUCCGAGACUCAGCAAGGGUUCCCUCCGCUCAUGUUCCUCAACGCGCUCAGAACCGCCUUCCCCCAGUUCGCACAAAAAGCAAAAGAUGGUCAUGGCUACGCACAGCAGGAUGCUGAAGAAGCUUGGUCACAGAUAGUAUCGCAACUACGACAAAAGCUCAAGGUCACCGAAAAGGAUGCGUCAGGUGCGGAUAAGCAGGCCAUGUCUUGGAUUGACAAGUACAUGUCGGGAAGGUUCGAGUCGGUCAUGGAGUGCGACGAGCCUGCAGCAAAAGAGGGUGGCGAGGAGGCAGUUCACAGCGAGGACCUAUUCUUCAAGCUCAACUGCCACAUCAAUGUCGAGACGAACCACCUCCGAGAUGGUCUCGCCGCUGGCCUGAAGGAGAAGAUUGAGAAGCGAUCAGAAGUUCUUGGACGAAAUGCCAUAUACACGAAGACCUCCAAGAUUGCACGCCUGCCAAAGCACCUUCCAGUUCAUUUUGUACGCUUUGACUGGAGACGAGACACCAACAAGAAGGCAAAGAUCAUGCGCAAGGUCACCUUCCCAGAAGAGUUGGACGCAUUAGAGUUCUGUACCGACGAACUGAGGAAGGCUCUUGUCCCCAUUCGUGACAAGAUUCGUGAUGUCCGCAAGGAGGAGGAGGAUCUUGAGCGCGCCCGCAAGCGACAAAAGCGCAUGAGGGCCGGCGAGGAGAAUGACACUGAGCCUACUGCUUCCAAGGAACCUCUACAAAAGAAAAAGGAAGCCGCAGAAAAGAAGGAGGAAGCCAAUAAACCUGACGAUGCUAAGAUGGAGGACAUCGAGUACAAGACCGAUGCUCAAGUUGAAGCCGAGCGUAUCGCAUCGAUCGUUGCUGCCAAGAAGGAGCUCCUCGCACUUGUUGACCCCAAAAUGGCAGCUGAUGAAGGGGCCAACCAGACGGGUCUCUACGAGCUGAGAGGUGUCAUUACCCACCAGGGCGCCAGUGCUGACAGUGGCCACUACACGUCCUUUGUCAAGAAGCAGGGAGCCAAGGAUCCAGUCACUGGAAAGCGAAAGGAGGAAGAUGGCAAGUGGUGGUGGUUCAAUGAUGAGAAGGUUUCCGAAGUCGAUUCUGAGAGGAUACAAACCCUCUCUGGUGGAGGUCAAAGCCAUUCGGCUCUUAUCCUCCUCUACCGCGCGGUCCCCCUGCCGGUCAUUGAGGAGGACGUGCAGAUGGGAGACGCAUAG